CUUCUGCUCUUUCUUCCUGUAACAUUUCACAUGAAUACUGAAAUCAUCAAUCAGCUCCAGCAGGAGAAAAAAGCAGCAGAGGACCUGAAGAAGCAGCUGGAGGACAAAAAUCGUGAGAAAGGUGACAUCAUUUUGGACGAGGUCGACAGAUAUGGCCCCUAUAUCUGUCUGAGAAACACUUCCAGUGAGGAUAAGAUGAUGACAGGUUGGAAGCUAAAACUGAUCAAAGACAGAGAACUCUUCACAUACAAAUUUGAAAGAAACUUUACACUGAAAGCUGGAGAAGGACUCACUUUACACCGAUUCAGAGAAACCAGGAGCCCGUAUCCUGACAACACUCACCGGUGUUGGGCGAGCAUGAGCAGGUGGAAUAGUAGAGACAACGUGAAGAUCAGCCUCAUGAGCAACACUGGAGAAGAGCACAGACUAAAGUGAUGCUUUUUACAAACAAGAUUACAUCGUGCAAAUUCACUAGAAUAGUUUUGUUUUGAUGAAUAAAAGAACAGGAUGUUAUUAUAUUUUAUAUUUUUCACAUAAUUUUAAAUCAGUUUAAUAUUUUUUUCAUAU